GGCCUUAAUCAACCCAGCGUAGGCCGCCAAAACACCUCUAACCUCCAAAUAUCUAAAUUAUAAAUACAAAUAUUUUUAAAUUAAUAUUUCUAUUUUUGGUUUGGUGGGUGAAAAAGUGAAGCCCAUGGGCGUUAAAGUGGGUUUUAGGGUAUUUUCCACUUGCACUAUUUGCCCCCCUCUCUCUCUAUAGCUGCUCAACAUUGCCCUUCUAUUAUAGCAUAAUAUAUAUAUAUAUAUAUUAUGCUGCCAACUUUGCCUUACACUUUCUAUAAAUAGUUUUUUUCAUCUCUGCUCCCUUGACAACUCCGCUGAUUUUCUUGAUUCAUCAUCAAGAAUCACUUGUUAUAUUGGUAAAACAUGUCGACCGCGAGGCUUCCCGCCACUUGCAUGUUCAACGCGGCACCUCAGAGCCAAAGAAAGACUGCAUUUGUUAGAAUGCCAUUUUCACUCGGUUCUGUAAGGAGCAUCUCUAAGUCCUUCGGUUUGAAAGCCGACUCUGGGUUUAAAGUAUCAGCGAACGUUUACAAGGUCAAACUCUUUUGUCCGGAUGGUACCGAACACGAGUUUGAAGCACCUUCCGAUACCUACAUCCUCGAUGCAGCUGAGGACGCUGGAGUCGACCUCCCUUAUUCUUGCAGGGCUGGCGCUUGCUCAACUUGUGCUGGGAAGAUCGAGUCUGGCUCUGUCGAUCAAUCUGAUGGAUCUUUUCUGGACGACAACCAAAUAAACAACGGCUAUGUGCUCACUUGUGUUGCUUACCCAACCUCUGAUUGUGUGAUCCACACACACAAGGAGGGUGAUCUUUACUAGAUAAAAUUCAAUUUCUAGUUAUGCUUGAUGAUGUUGAUCUUGGUCUAAAGUAAAAGAACUAGAUAUUGCUUUUUAUUCCUUCUAGUAUCAGAACUAAAGUGUUCAAUCAAGAACAUGUUUUUGUUUCAUAAAUGCUUAUGUAAUGCAGUCUUUCUUAUAUAUGAAUAUGCUAGUGGCUUUAUAUUUUGCCUAAA